AUGUACUGGUGUCGAGAUUAUCCUCCGUUACAUCUUGCCACCAGACACGGUCAUGCCGCAAUAGUUAGUUUGUUAUUGAGGUGGGGAGCGGAACAAACUCCUUUAAUUCAAACUGGAGAGUUUCCCAUUCACAUAGCAGCACGCGAGGGACAUGCUCAUCUUAUUGAACUUUUUUGUUCUUUAGAUAACAAAUGGGUGAAUUGCAAGACUGAAAAACCAAAACUUCAG